AUGGCGGAUACCGAAGCAGCACCCGCGCAGUACAAGCAGCCGAGUCGCAAAGGCAAGAAGGCUUGGCGCAAGAACGUCGAUGUCACGCAGAUUCAGUCUGGCCUAGAGGAUGUGCGCGACCAGAUCAUCCAAGGUGGUGUCAUCUCUGAAAAGACGGCCGAUGAGCUUUUCGCCGUCGAUAUCGUUGGAUCUGCCGAAAUCCAAAAAGAGGUUGCGAAACGACACAAGCCUCUCAAAGUCGACGAGAUCCUCGCCAAGCGCUCUGCCGUCCCCGCCGUAUCCACAAGGAAGCGACUAUCGGAAAUUGCCGACGAUGGCAAGAGAAAGAAGGCAAAGGUAUCAGGCAAGGAAUACGACAGGCUGAGGGCGAUUGCAUACGGAGGCGAGCAGGUCAAGAAGGACGUGGUGCAAGGCGGCGACGCUGCCUACGACCCUUGGGCCGUAGAAGAGGUCAAGGAAGAUCCUCGAUUCACGUACCUGGAGAAGAAGAAGCCCAAGGUCGAGCCCAAGACCCUUAAGCACGCGCCCAUCUCGCAGGCAAAGACCGGCAAAGCCAUCCCCUCAGUCCGCAAACCCACCGGUGGGAAGUCGUACAACCCGCUGUUGGAAGACUGGCAGAAUGAGCUUAUGCGCGAAUCCGACAAAGCUGUCGAGGCCGAGAAGAAGCGCCUGCAGGAGGCUCGUGAAGAGGCUGAGCUGAUGGAGCGAGCAGCCGCUGAGACGGAAUCCGACUCUGGUGAGGAGAGCGUCUGGGAAAGUGAGUGGGAAGGUUUCAGCGAUAAAGAAGACAAGGAGGGAAAGAAGAAGAGACCAGAAAGGAAAUCUUUGUCACAACGGAACAAGAUCAAGAGGAGAAAGGAGGCUCAACGAAAGGCGGUCCACGAAGCAAAGAUGAAGGCUAAGGAGCAACAAGUGCAGGAGAUCAAGAGGCUAGCCAAGAGCGUAGAAGAAAAGGAAAAGGCAAGAGAAGCUGUCCGACAAGCUCUUGAAAAGAAGAAUGCCGAACUGGCGGAGGAGGAUGACGGCGAAGAAGUGGAGCUGAGGAAGAAGCAAUUUGGCAAGACACCUCUACCAGAAGCCCCACUCGAAGUUGUUCUGCCAGACGAGCUCCGCGACUCCCUGCGUCUUCUCAAACCGGAGGGCAACCUGCUCAAGGAUCGCUUCAGGACUUUCCUGCUUCAGGGCAAGGUUGAAGCCAGGAGACCAGUCGCCUACGGAAAGCAGAAGAAGUAUCAUCUGUCCGAGAAAUGGAGUUACAAGGACUGGAAGCUGCCCAAUUAG